UGUUAAGGUGGCCCAAAUCAAUAGCCUCUUUUCUUUUUCCCGGUAAACUGAUACCCUUUUCCCUCUCAGUUCAACCUUCCCCUUCUGCUUAAACCCUAGACCUCGACGACGAAAGGAAACCAACCCACACUGACAAAUUUCAAAGGAAUUCAGUAUGUCGAAAAGCGAAGAUUACGAUUCAGACGCACCGGAGGAGUUCACCGCCGAGCAGGGGAUUGAAUUAGAUGCGGAGAUAAGGAAGAUUCAGAAGGAAAAUAAGUCGAGGUAUGGUUUUCCUCUUGCUUUUUUGGAUGCAUUUUUCACUCCCCAGCUUUAAAGUUCGGAACUUUCCGCCUAUAUGAACCUGUUCUGCUAUGGUUAGUUUGUGGAUUUUGCCUAAAUGAAUUGAUUCUGAUUGAUGGACAUUGGAGGUUGGGAAAUGGGUUGCACCUUUUGUAGAGCAAAGUGUCAGGAUUCUUUCUGGUCCUAGAAUUUUCAGAUGCGGAUUGCCCGUGAGGGUAAAGCACUAAGGAGGAAAUGGGCAGAGCGGAAAACGCCACGACCAUCCAAAAAAGGAGAUGAAGGUGUCCAAGAUACAGUUGAAACCGAAGAUGGAGAUGAAGAAGAUGGGUCUCUGACUGCUAAAGGGAUGCUCCCUAGUGACAUUGUCCAACAACUUGCUGCUCGGGAGAAGAAAGUGUUCUUUACAGAAUCUGAUGAUGAAGACGGAAAUGCAAAGCUUCCUCCAAGGAAGAAGAAGGCAAGAGGCUCAGGGCCGCAGACUGUUAUUCUGAAUGAGAUAUCCCCACCUCCAUGUUUACAAAACUCUUUAGAGUUUCUGAAGAAGAACAAGAUGCGACUGUCGAGAUCAUCAGCUGUUCUUAACAACUCCAGCCAAGCUCUUCGCUUUAUCUCUACUUCUGGCUUGUUAAGUAAGAAGUGAGAAAAAAGUUGCGGCUUCAUCUUCUCCUCCAACGGUCCAUUCCCCCCAGCCAACAGUGAGUUGAAGGGGCAAUACAUUCAACCAUCUGGUUUCUGGGAAGUGCUGUAUCAAACCAAGUUCUUAUACCUUCUUGGAGGCCUGUUGCACCCCCAGCCAUUUCGACCAGGAUGCAACUUGUUUUUGCUAAGGCAAAUAGGCAAUCAAUCUACUAUGUGUAGUCCAUGAAUUAGUGAAGAAGUGUUGGGAUCCUGUUGGCUAUUUACAGGUAUACAAACACGAAAUUUUGUUACUUGCUACUCUUGGUGCAUUAGUUACUUGAAUGUAAUGAAAAUUUCAAACCCACAGUUUCUUGAAUUAGAUAGUGGAGUAACCAUUGAUGGAAGCUACAUGCCAAUUGCCAUUUUAAGGAUUAACCAGAACUAAGUACUGCAGCCCUUGUUCCCACAUGAUCAAAUACCAAUUCUUAGCUUAAUUUAGCUGACAUGAUCCCAUUCAAGCAGCCAAUCUACAAGAUCAGAUAAGAUACUUCUGCCUUCUGUUCCAAGUGAUAGAAACUAGAGACUCCACAGAUGGUGUACUUCCACAUAAAACUGACUCGCCAGUGCAGUCUUCCACCUCCUAGACAACCUUCCCCACCCUCUAGUCUUCAAGGAGAGGAGAAGGCAUCAUCCGGGUCGACCCAUGUCUCGCCGUGUUGAACCCCCGAUUGCAGGGCUAGGAGAGCGUUCCUGACCCGGUUCAGGCUCCGAUGGUCCCUGAUGCGCCUCAGGACGACGUCCCUGUCCAGCGCUCUCGAUGCAGCGUGAUGGUUGUGAUCGCUACGAGCUUGAGCCUUUGAAGAUGGCUUCAAGAGGAGCUGACUGCUGACCGACGGCAUAGGAGGACUAGUGACCCCUCCCUCGCUGUCAUCUUCGAACGACGAGUGAGAGCUUGGACCGUUGCUGAAGGUUUCGUGCGCAGCAGCUUGUUUGGAGAAGAGGAUAUCCAUAGCUGGAGAUGAGAUAGUAGUAAGUAUGAAGAAGUAGAGAGUGGAAGGUUAGAAGGAAGAGAGGUUAGUUUAUAUACACAGGAGGGAGUGCGAGUUUAGAGGAAGGUUUAGAAGAAGGGAAGGUUGAGGUUUUGGCAUUUUCCCGUGGGAGGGAGCACAUGGUUUGUUUGCGGGGGAUGAUGGCGUGGCCCCCACGAAAUCUGUGGGUUUUGCUGUUUUCUAUAUUGGGAUGAAGUUUUGCUGGUUUAAGGUAGAUGCUGUGUCGCAUUUGAUUCGAGGGAUGCCUGUUUAUGGCAUUGGUGUUAUCGUUUAACCGCUUCCCGCGUCGCGAUUUUUUGUUUUUUUUCUAUAACCUUAUUAGUAAUUUCACG